AUGCGUCACUUUCCUUUCUCCAAUUUGGCACUUUAUGCAUUCUUCGCCUGUGCGGCCAGCCAAGUUGACCCGGCUCCUUCUUCCUCCUAUUCUUCCUGUGCAACUGACCCGACUCUCAAGUCAUGCUGCGCUUCGGGGACCGCGAGCGGAACGGUCUGCGUUGAUGGCGAGGUCUAUACAUAUACCUGUGGCAAAUGGGCGGGUCGGUAUUCAAUGCACGAGGGCCUGGCUGGGUCUCAAUGCAUGCAGGAAUGCAGCCGCGACCCCCGCUGCUACUGGGCCAGCUGGGACACGACGCUUCAGAACUGUUAUCUAGGCGAUAAAGAUGUCACCACUGGCAGCGAUGACACCUAUAUCCUGCUGCAAAAGAGUGGCCCGGGUCAAUGUAGCGGUGGCCAUGACUGCAAGCACGAGAUCGAGCAAGCCAAGGAGGAGUGCAGCAAGCAUUGCAAGACUCAAACCGAGCAAAUCAAGGAGCAGUGCACCAAAGACUGCCAGGGCCAGAUCGAGCAAGCCAAGGAGCAGUGCACCAAGGAUUGCAACUCCCAGAUUGAUCAGGCUGUGGCGCAAUGCAAUGCGGACAGGUCUGCCUGCACGCAGAAGCUGUCGAACUGCGAGCAUGACGGCGCGACCUGCGACAGCCGGUUGAAAGAUGCGUUGGCCGAGCGAGACAAGCAGACCGCCGCGCUCCAGCAGGCUCAGGCGGCCACGGACGAGUGCAACCGCAAGCUGACGCAGUGCGAGGCGGAGCCCAAGGGCGACAUCACCAAGUGCAAUGCAGAAAAGAAAGCCUGCGAGGAUGCCAAAGCGCAGCUGCAGAAGGCACUCGACGAGGCGAGGGCUCAGAUCCAGAUCAUCACCACUAGACGAGGCACGCGCAUCAAAGAUCCUUUGUCCAAGGAGAACCAGGAUCUGGUCGAGGCUGUCACGAAUGCGCACUUGGAUGGGCUCUGCAGGGAUAACAGGCUCAAUGCAAUGACUUUCACCACACUCAAUCCCGACAAGACCUGGAAUGAGUGGGAGAUCCUGUGUAACUAUUAUUGCGAAACCAAGUCCGUCCAGGACACGCAGAAGAAUUGCGACGCGGGCGACAACGUAGUCGCCCACUUGCAGCAGCAGCAGGACAAGUCAGAGUUCUAUGGGUUCUGGUGGAGCACUGAUGGGAGAUGCCUUCCCUUGUUCGCCAGCGCCGAUUACGCCUGGCCGGAGUGCUGGCGAAACAGCGAGGCUCGAGUGUCAAGCCCCCGCUACCACCUGGUACGGAGGAUCAAGGCCUUUUACUGA